AUGUUAUCUCUCUAUCCUAGUUCACAUUCUUAAAUACAGAUUCUAAAAUGUUCUUUUGAGCUAAUUAUAUAUUUAAGAAUAAAUUCUUCAAUUUUUAAUAACUUAAAUUCAAGUUUCCAGCAACAUUUCUUUUUCAUUUUUAUACAAUCAGCAACCAAUUAGCCUUAGUGUAUUUUAACUAUUAAUUUGUUCCAUCUUCACCUAUUCUAUUCUAAAACAUUGUUAAACUAUUAUAAGUAAUUAUUUUCUUUGUAUCUAAUAGCAUCCGGUUAAAAUUUCAUAACCUUUAAACUUACUCUAUCCUAAAUUAAUAUUUUAAGUAAUGUAAGUAUUUAAUAUUAAGAGAGAUUGUAAUAAACGCGUAAAUAUUCCUGCUACAUUUGUAUUAAAUAUGAAUUAAAUAUAAAGUCUAAAUAGCUUAAUCCUAUAUUUUCUAUAAUAUUAAUCAAAUAUUAAUGGUGGAACUAAGAUCUGAUAUUUCAGAGCAAGGAUCUAAUUGGACAGGAUUUAUGUUAGAUUUGA